AUGGUGAAGAGGAAGAGCUCCGAGGGCCAAGAGCAAGACAGCGGCCGCGGCAUCCCCUUGCCCAUCCAGACCUUCCUGUGGCGGCAAACCAGUGCAUUUUUGAGGCCUAAACUGGGGAAGCAAUAUGAAGCCUCUUGUGUGUCCUUUGAACGAGUGUUGGUAGAAAACAAGCUGCAUGGCCUCUCUCCAGCCCUCUCUGAAGCCAUCCAGAGCAUUUCCAGAUGGGAACUGGUACAAGCUGCUUUGCCUCAUGUCCUGCACUGCACUGCAACCCUGCUGUCAAACAGAAACAAGCUAGGCCACCAGGAUAAACUGGGUGUCGCUGAGACAAAGCUCCUUCAUACCCUGCACUGGAUGCUCCUGGAGGCCCCCCAGGACUGCAACAGCGAGCGUUUUGGGGGCACAGACCGAGGCUCCAGCUGGGGUGGCAGCAGCAGUGCUUUCAUCCACCAGGUUGAAAACCAGGGCUCUCCAGGGCAGCCUUGCCAAAACAACUCCAAUGAUGAAGAAGAAAACAACCGAUGGAAGAUCUUCCAGAACUCCAUGGCUACUGUGGAGCUCUUUGUGUUUCUCUUUGCUCCUCUGGUACACAGAAUCAAGGAAUCUGACCUCACGUUCCGACUGGCGAGUGGGCUUGUUAUAUGGCAGCCCAUGUGGGAGCACAGACAGCCCGAAGUCUCUGGCUUCACAGCACUGGUGAAGCCCAUCAGGAACAUCAUUACAGCUAAGAGAAGCUCUCCCAUCAACAGUCAAAGUCAGACCUGUGAAUCACCAAAUCAAGACCCAAGACACCGAGAGGGACUCCAGGUGGUCUCUGAAACGUUCCAGUCAGAUUCCAUCUCACCCAAGGCCACCAUUUCAGGCUGCCACCGAGGAAACUCCCUUGAUGGAAGUCUGUCCUCCCAGACUUCCCAGGAAAGAGGACCAUCACAUUCCAGGGUCUCUCUCGUGAUUCCUCCAUGCCAAAGGUCCCGCUAUGCCACCUACUUUGACGUUGCUGUUCUUCGCUGCCUACUCCAGCCCCAUUGGUCUGAGGAGGGCACUCAGUGGUCUCUGAUGUACUAUCUACAAAGGCUGAGACACAUGUUGGAAGAGAAGCCACAAAAGCCCACAGAGCCGGAUAUUCCUCUCCUGCCCAGACCCAGAAGCAGCUCCAUGGUGGCGGCAGCUCCCUCACUAGUGAACACACACAAAACCCAAGAUCUCACCAUGAAGUGUAAUGAAGAGGAAAAAUCUCUCAGCUCUGAGGCUUUUUCCAGAGUUUCAUUGACCAACCUACGUAGGUCUGCAGUCCCGGAUCUUUCUUCAGACCUUGGCAUGAACAUUUUUAAGAAGUUCAAGAGCCGCAAAGAAGACAGAGAGAGAAAAGGUUCCAUCCCAUUCCACCACGCGGGGAAGAGGCGGCCUCGGAGAAUGGGAGUGCCAUUCCUGCUGCACGAGGACCACCUGGAUGUGUCCCCCACCUGCAGCGCAUUCUCCUUCGGAAGUUUCUCCGGGCUUGGAGAAGACAGGCGAGGCAUGGAAAAAGGAGGCUGGCAAACCACCAUUUUAGGGAAAUUUACCCGGCGGGGCAGCUCGGACGCGGCCACUGAGAUGGAGAGCCUGAGCGGCAGGCACUCCCACUCUCAUCACACACUGGUGAGCGACCUGCCGGACCACUCCAACAGCCAUGGGGAAAACACUGUCAAGGAAGUGCGAUCCCAGAUCUCCACUAUCACAGUUGCAACCUUCAAUACCACAUUGGCAUCAUUUAACGUAGGCUAUGCAGACUUUUUCAGUGAGCAUAUGAGGAAGCUCUGCAACCAGGUGCCUAUACCUGAGAUGCCACAUGAACCCCUGGCAUGUGCAAACCUGCCUCGAAGCCUCACAGACUCCUGCAUAAACUACAGCUACUUGGAAGACACAGAACAUAUUGAUGGGACCAAUAACUUUGUCCACAAGAAUGGCAUGCUUGAUCUUUCUGUGGUUCUGAAGGCUGUUUAUCUUGUCCUUAACCAUGACAUCAGUUCUCGCAUCUGCGAUGUGGCACUGAACAUCGUGGAAUGCUUGCUUCAACUUGGUGUGGUGCCCUGUGUAGAAAAGAACAGAAAGAAGAGUGAAAACAAGGAGAAUGUGACUGUGGAAAAAAGACCAAGUGAGGGAACGUUCCAGUUCAAAGGAGUAUCUGGAAGUUCCACCUCUGGAUUUGGGGGCCCUUCAGUUAGUGGAGCUGGAGAUGGAGGAGGAGAAGAAGGAAGAGGUGGUAAUGGAGGAGGUGGAGGAGGUGACGGAGGUGGAGGUGGAGGAGGCCCCCAUGAGAAGAAUGAUAAGAACCAAGAGAAGGAUGAAAGUACGCCUGUCAGCAACCAUAGGCUUGCUCUAACCAUGCUCAUCAAAAUAGUGAAGUCUCUGGGAUGUGCCUAUGGUUGCGGAGAAGGACACCGAGGGCUCUCUGGGGAUCGUCUGAGACACCAGGUAUUCCGGGAGAAUGCCCAGAACUGCCUCACUAAGUUAUACAAGCUAGAUAAGAUGCAGUUCCGACAAACCAUGAGGGACUAUGUGAACAAAGACUCUCUCAAUAACGUAGUGGACUUCUUGCAUGCUCUGCUAGGAUUCUGUAUGGAGCCGGUCACCGACAACAAGGCUGGGUUUGGAAAUAACUUCACCACGGUGGACAACAAAUCCACAGCCCAAAAUGUGGAAGGCAUCAUCGUCAGCGCCAUGUUUAAAUCCCUCAUCACACGCUGUGCUUCAACUACGCAUGAAUUGCACAGCCCUGAGAAUCUGGGGCUGUAUUGUGACAUCCGUCAGCUGGUCCAGUUUAUCAAAGAGGCCCAUGGGAAUGUCUUCAGGAGAGUGGCCCUCAGUGCUUUGCUUGAUAGUGCUGAGAAGUUGGCACCAGGGAAAAAGGUGGAGGAAAAUGAACCAGAAUCUAAGCCUGGAGGUGGUAAAAGGUCAGAGGCAGGAAGCAUUGUGGAUAAAGGCCAGGUGACCUCUGCACCUGAGGAAUGUCGCAGCUUCAUGUCCGGUCGCCCCUCACAGACUCCAGAGCACGAUGAACAAAUGCAAGGGGGCAACAUGGGGCGGAAAGAUUUCUGGCGCAAGAUGUUCAAAUCCCAGAGUGCGGCGAGUGACACCAGCAGCCAGUCUGAGCAGGACACUUCAGAAUGCACCACUGCUCACUCGGGGACCACCUCUGACCGGCGCACCCGCUCUCGGUCACGUAGAAUUUCUCUCCGAAAGAAGCUUAAACUCCCCAUAGGUAAAAGAAACUGGCUGAAACGAUCCUCCCUCUCAGGCCUGGCAGAUGGUGUGGAGGACCUCCUGGACAUCAGCUCUGUGGACCGCCUCUCUUUCAUCAGGCAAAGCUCCAAGGUCAAAUUCACCAGUGCUGUAAAGCUUUCUGAAGGUGGACCAGGGAGUGGAAUGGAAAACGGAAGAGAUGAAGAGGAGAAUUUCUUCAAGCGUCUUGGUUGCCACAGUUUUGAUGACCAUCUGUCUUCCAACCAAGAUGGCGGAAAAAGCAAAAACGUGGUGAAUCUUGGAGCAAUCCGACAAGGCAUGAAGCGCUUUCAGUUUCUGUUAAACUGCUGUGAGCCAGGGACAAUUCCUGAUGCAUCGAUCUUGGCAGCCGCCUUGGAUCUUGAAGCGCCUGUAGUAGCCAGAGCAGCGCUGUUCCUGGAAUGUGCCCGUUUUGUUUACCGCUGCAACCGUGGCAACUGGCCAGAGUGGAUGAAAGGGCAUCAUGUGAAUAUCACCAAGAAAGGCCUUUCCAGGGGACGGUCUCCCAUUGUGGGCAACAAGCGGAACCAGAAGCUGCAGUGGAACGCUGCCAAGCUCUUCUACCAAUGGGGAGACGCAAUUGGCGUCCGGUUGAAUGAGCUGUGCCAUGGGGAAAGUGAGAGCCCAGCCAACCUGCUGGGUCUCAUUUAUGAUGAGGAGACCAAGAGGAGACUGAGAAAGGAGGAUGAUGAGGAAGACUUUUUAGAUGACAGUACUGUGAACCCCUCUAAAUGUGGCUGCCCCUUUGCCUUGAAGAUGGCAGCAUGCCAGCUUCUCCUGGAGAUUACCACCUUCCUGCGAGAGACCUUUUCUUGCCUGCCCAGACCACGCACUGAGCCUCUGAUGGACUUGGAGAGCUGCCGACUUCGUUUGGAUCCUGAGUUGGACCGGCACAGAUAUGAGAGGAAGAUCAGCUUUGCUGGUGUCCUGGAUGAAAAUGAAGACUCAAAAGAUUCCCUUCACAGUAGUAGCCACACCCUCAAAUCAGAUGCAGGUGUUGAGGAGAAGAAAGAAGGGAGUCCUUGGAGUGCAAGUGAGCCCAGCAUUGAGCCAGAGGGAAUGAGUACAGCCAGCACGGAGGAAAAUUACCACAGGAACAUGUCAUGGCUUCAUGUCAUGAUCUUGCUGUGCAAUCAGCAAAGCUUCAUCUGCACCCACGUUGACUACUGCCACCCUCACUGCUACCUGCACCACAGCCGCUCCUGUGCCCGGCUCGUCAGGGCCAUUAAGCUGCUCUACGGAGACUCCGUGGACUCCCUCCGAGAGAGCAGCAGCGUCAGCAAUGUGGCUCUCCGGGGCAAGAAGCAGAAAGAGUGCUCAGAUAAAUCAUGCCUGAGGACACCUUCGCUGAAAAAGAGAGUUUCAGAUGCCAACCUAGAGGGGAAAAAGGACUCUGGAAUGCUGAAAUACAUCAGACUACAGGUGAUGAGCCUGUCGCCUGCUCCCUUAUCUCUGCUAAUCAAGGCAGCACCAAUUCUGACGGAGGAGAUGUAUGGAGACAUCCAGCCAGCUGCCUGGGAGCUCCUGCUCAGCAUGGAUGAGCACAUGGCAGGGGCAGCAGCGGCCAUGUUCCUGUUGUGUGCGGUGAAAGUCCCCGAGGCCGUGUCUGAUAUGCUGACAUCAGAGUUCCACCACCCGGAGACCGUGCAGCGGCUGAACGCUGUCCUUAAGUUCCACACGCUUUGGAGGUUUCGCUAUCAGGUCUGGCCCCGGAUGGAGGAGGGAGCACAGCAGAUUUUUAAGAUCCCGCCUCCCAGUAUAAACUUCACCCUGCCCUCCCCAGUGCUUGGAAUGCCAUCUGUCCCGAUGUUUGACCCCCCCUGGGUCCCUCAGUGCAGCGGGAGUGUCCAGGACCCCAUUAAUGAAGACCAGUCUAAAUCCUUUUCAGCCCGGGCUGUGUCCCGCUCCCAUCAAAGGGCAGAACACAUCUUAAAGAACUUGCAACAGGAGGAAGAGAAGAAACGUCUUGGUCGAGAAGCCAGCCUCAUCACCGCCAUCCCCAUCACCCAGGAGGCUUGCUACGAGCCCACCUGCACACCCAACUCAGAGCCAGAAGAAGAAGUAGAAGAAGUCACCAAUCUGGCAGCCCGUCGACUGUCUGUGAGUCCAUCCUGUACCUCCAGCACUUCCCACAGGAAUUAUUCCUUCCGCCGAGGGUCAGUCUGGUCAGUGCGUUCAGCUGUCAGUGCUGAAGAUGAGGAGCACACCACUGAACACCUGCCCAGCCCCCACGUGCCUCAGCCCCCGCAGGCUGUGUUCCCGGCAUGCAUCUGUGCAGCAGUGCUCCCCAUUGUCCACCUGAUGGAGGAUGGUGAGGUGCGAGAAGAUGGAGUAGCAGUGAGUGCUGUGGCCCAGCAAGUCUUAUGGAAUUGUCUAAUUGAAGAUCCAUCAACAGUUCUUCGACAUUUCCUGGAAAAACUGACCAUCAGCAACAGACAAGAUGAGUUAAUGUACAUGCUGCGCAAACUUCUCCUGAAUAUCGGAGACUUUCCUGCUCAGACCUCUCACAUCCUAUUCAACUACUUGGUAGGAUUAAUCAUGUACUUUGUGCGGACCCCCUGCGAGUGGGGGAUGGAUGCCAUUUCAGCCACUCUGACUUUCCUGUGGGAGGUGGUCGGUUACGUAGAAGGCCUGUUCUUCAAGGAUCUGAAGCAGACCAUGAAGAAGGAGCAAUGUGAGGUCAAGCUCCUGGUGACCGCUUCAAUGCCAGGUACCAAGACCUUGGUAGUUCAUGGACAGAAUGAGUGUGAUAUCCCAACCCAGUUACCAGUCCAUGAAGAUACUCAGUUUGAAGCCCUGUUAAAGGAGUGUCUGGAGUUUUUUAAUAUCCCCGAAUCCCAGUCUACACAUUACUUUCUCAUGGAUAAACGAUGGAACCUUAUCCACUACAAUAAGACCUAUGUUCGGGAUAUUUACCCUUUUAGGAGAUCCGUGUCUCCACAGCUGAACCUUGUACAUAUGCAUCCAGAGAAAGGACAGGAGCUCAUUCAGAAACAGGUAUUCACUCGGAAGCUGGAGGAAGUGGGGAGGGUUUUGUUUCUCAUCUCCCUCACCCAGAAGAUCCCCACAGCCCACAAGCAGUCCCACGUCUCCAUGCUCCAGGAAGACCUCCUCCGACUGCCCUCAUUCCCUCGAAGUGCUAUUGAUGCGGAGUUUUCACUCUUCAGUGAUCCUCAAGCUGGGAAGGAGCUGUUUGGCCUCGACACUCUUCAGAAAAGCUUGUGGAUCCAGCUCCUGGAGGAGAUGUUCCUGGGCAUGCCGAGCGAGUUUCCCUGGGGAGAUGAAAUCAUGCUUUUCCUCAACGUUUUUAACGGGGCUCUGAUCCUGCACCCAGAGGACAGUGCCCUGCUCAGGCAGUACGCGGCCACCGUCAUCAACAGCGCUGUGCACUUCAAUCACCUCUUCUCCCUCAGCGGCUACCAGUGGAUUCUGCCCACCAUGCUGCAGGUGUACUCUGACUAUGAAAGCAAUCCCCAGUUGCGUCAAGCCAUUGAAUUCGCCUGCCAUCAGUUCUACAUUCUACACCGGAAGCCCUUUGUGCUCCAGCUGUUUGCAAGUGUGGCCCCUCUCCUGGAGUUUCCUGAUGCUGCCAAUACUGGGUCCAGCAAAGGCGUGUCAGCUCAGUGCCUGUUUGACUUGCUGCAGUCGCUGGAGGGGGAGACCAUGGACAUCCUAGACAUCUUAGAGCUGGUCAAAGCUGAGAAGCCUCUUAAGUCAUUAGAUUUCUGCUAUGGAAACGAAGACCUGACUUUCUCUAUAAGUGAAGCCAUUAAGCUCUGUGUUACUGUGGUGGCAUAUGCUCCUGAGUCAUUCAGAAGUCUUCAGAUGCUGAUGGUCUUGGAAGCUUUGGUGCCAUGUUACCUACAAAAGCUAAAGAGGCAAACGUCACAAGUGGAGACAGGGCCCGCUGCCCGAGAGGAGAUCGCCGCCAUGGCUGCUCUUGCGACAUCCCUGCAGGCCCUUUUAUACAGCGUAGAGGUCCUCACCAGGCCCAUGACGGCCCCCCAGAUGAGCAGGUGUGACCAGGGUCAUAAAGGGGCCACCACAGCCAACCACACCAUGUCGUCUGGGGUGACUACCAGGUACCAGGAACAAGGCGCCAAACUGCACUUUAUCAGAGAAAACCUGCACUUACUGGAGGAAGGGCAGGGCCUUCCCAGAGAGGAACUAGAUGAACGGCUUGCUCGGGAGGAGUUCAGAAGACCCCGGGAGUCGCUGCUGAACAUCUGCACCGAGUUCUACAAGCACUGCGGGCCCAGGCUGAAGAUCUUGCAAAACCUGGCCGGGGAACCGCGGGUCACUGCCCUGGAGUUGUUGGACGUGAAGUCCCACAUGAGGUUGGCAGAAAUUGCACACUCCCUUCUGAAGUUGGCACCAUACGACACCCAGACAAUGGAGAGCCGUGGGCUUCGACGCUACAUCAUGGAGAUGCUCCCUAUCACCGACUGGACCGCCGAGGCAGUGAGGCCGGCCCUUAUCCUCAUUUUAAAGAGACUGGAUAGGAUGUUCAACAAAAUUCAUAAGAUGCCUACUUUGAGGCGACAGGUUGAGUGGGAGCCUGCCAGCAAUUUGAUUGAAGGGGUUUGUUUGACACUUCAGAGGCAGCCAAUCAUAUCCUUCCUGCCUCACCUUAGGUCACUGAUCAAUGUCUGUGUCAAUCUGGUGAUGGGAGUGGUAGGACCCUCCAGUGUUGCUGAUGGAUUACCCCUUCUUCAUCUCAGCCCUUAUCUCUCACCACCUCUGCCCUUCAGCACAGCUGUUGUCCGGCUUGUAGCAUUGCAGAUACAGGCUUUAAAAGAAGAUUUUCCUUUAAGUCAUGUGAUCUCCCCAUUCACCAAUCAAGAGCGAAGGGAGGGGAUGCUUUUAAAUCUGCUCAUCCCAUUUGUGCUCACAGUAGGAUCUGGAAGCAAAGAUAGCCCAUGGCUGGAGCAGCCUGAGGUGCAGCUGCUACUGCAGACAGUCAUUAAUGUGCUCCUGCCUCCACGGAUCAUCAGCACGUCCAGAAGCAAGAGCUUCAUGUUGGAGAGCUCCCCCGCUCACUGCUCCACCCCCGGGGAUGCAGGCAAAGACCUGCGCAGGGAAGGGCUGGCAGAGUCCACCAGCCAAGCAGCAUACUUGGCGCUGAAGGUGAUUCUCGUCUGCUUUGAGAGGCAGCUCGGCAGCCAGUGGUACUGGCUGAGCCUCCAGGUGAAGGAGAUGGCCCUGAGGAAGGUCGGCGGCCUGGCCCUGUGGGACUUCCUCGACUUCAUCGUGCGGACCCGCAUCCCCAUCUUCGUGCUCUUGCGCCCUUUCAUCCAGUGCAAGCUUCUGGCCCAACCAGCAGAGAACCACGAAGAGCUUUCUGCCCGACAACAUAUCGCUGACCAGCUGGAACGGCGUUUCAUUCCACGCCCUCUGUGUAAGAGCUCCCUCAUUGCUGAGUUCAACAGUGAACUAAAAAUUCUAAAAGAGGCAGUUCACAGUGGAUCAGCCUACCAAGGGAAGACAUCCAUCAGCACCGUGGGUACCUCCACCUCUGCUUACCGCCUGAGCCUGGCCACCAUGUCACGCUCCAACACAGGCACCGGCACAGUCUGGGAGCAGGACAGUGAGCCGUCCCAGCAGGCUUCACAGGACACCCUGAGUCGAACUGAUGAGGAAGAUGAGGAAAAUGACUCUGUCAGCAUGCCCAGUGUGGUAAGUGAACAAGAAGCUUACCUCCUGAGUGCCAUUGGAAGGAGGCGGUUCUCCAGCCAUGUCUCCAGCAUGUCUGCACCUCAGGCUGAGGUGGGCAUGUUACCCAGCCAAAGUGAACCUAAUGUCCUCGAUGACUCCCAGGGCCUGGCCGCCGAGGGCAGCCUCUCUAGGGUGGCAAGUGUGCAGAGUGAACCUGGCCAGCAGAACCUCCACACUCAGCAGCCGCUGGGGAGGAAGAGGGGUCUGAGGCAGCUAAGACGUCCUCUACUAUCACGUCAGAAGACUCAGACUGAACCCAGAAACCGCCACGGGGCUCGGCUGUCAACCACCCGCAGGAGCAUUCAGCCUAAAACGAAGCCAUCUGCGGAUCAGAAACGAUCUGUGACCUUCAUUGAGGCUCAGGCAGAGCCAGCCGGUGCCCCAACAGACAUGCUUCCUGCCACAGGCCAGCCACAGGGCUGCGGCCCAGCCCCAUCCAGGAAACCAGACGGAAUGGACAAACCAGUGCUCACGUCUUCCCCCGCCAUUGUUGUUGCUGACCUUCACAGCCUGUCUCCCAAGCAGGGUGAAAGCCUCCCAGCUGAAGAAGGAGAAAAGGAGGAGGACACAGAAAUACAAGGUGCUACAGCACAUAGCCCCCUCUCUACUCAACUCUCAGACCCUGAUGACUUCACAGGCCUUGAGACAUCCAUCCUCCUACAGCAUGGAGACACUGUCCUUCACAUCAGUGAGGAAAAUGGCAUGGAGAACCCCCUCCUGUCCAGUCAGUUCCCUUUUACUCCCACUGAGCUAGGGGAGACUGAGGUAGACCUAGAUGAGUCUCAUGUUUAAUUCUGUACCUUUUAAGAGUUGUAGGUGUAGACAAGAUGUGGAAGGGAUCACUUUGCUAAAAGUUGAAAACGUGCUUGGAAAAGAUGAAAACAUAGCACUUUACACUCAAUGGGUAGCACAAAUCCCA